AUGGUCCUCCUCUGGCACGACUUCGUCGGCUGCCGGGGGAACGUCGUCGUCACCAUCAUCGUCGCUGAGAAAGCUAAUCCUCUCCUUUCUUUUUCUUUCUCCCUAUUCUUUUCCUCCUGCCGCCGCCAGUUCUUCUUCCUCCCGAAAGAAUCCCCAGGCACCUCCUCCUUCCAUGGCCGGCGCGCCUCCCUCUCCCCGCGGCCUUCCUUCCGCAACCCCCUGGCCUCGCGUGCGCCGCGCCGCCUCUCCCCGUCGACCGCGCCCGCCUCGCGCCCUGCUGCUCCCCUCACCGGCGACCACCACCGCUCACGCCCUUCUCCCUUGCCCGCACCUCCGCCUCUCGCUCCCCUCGUCGCCGGUUUUGCUCCGCGCGCGCGCCUCCCGUCCUCCCCUGCUCCGCCCGCGCCUGCACCUCGCCCCCGGCGCCGCCUGCUGCCCCCAGCCACGCCGCCUAGGUCCCCUCGCUGUCCUCGCUUGCUGCUCGCCCAAGCCGAGCCCCUGCACGACCAAGCCUCCUUGCGUGCUGCUGCUGCUCUCUAUCUCCCUCUCGGUUGUGUGCUGCUGCUGCUCUCUAUCUCCCUCUUUGUUGCUGCUGUUGCUGUGCUAGCUCUCCCUCUCUCUUCUCUCCUGUUGUGGUGUUGCCACUGCUCUCUGCCCUCUCGGUGCUGCCGCUGCCCUCUCUCUUUGGUGUGUUGGUGUUGCUGUCGCCGUGUGCCGAGGAGACCGAAGACCUGGAGCCGGACGAGUUGCUGCGCACGACUAUGUCGUCUACAACGCCAACAUGUACAACUACUUCCUCUACGUCGACUACUUUGUCUACAUCGCGACGCUGCACGUGUCCAAGUCUUCGAUUCCUACGACGAUGACUACACUUGUGUUCUUCUUCCAGGAUUCUUGCUCAAUUCCGGGCAAUUGAGUACUCCAGGCAAGCAGCCCUUCCUUGACCAUGUUGAUUAUACCUAUUGCCUCUCCCUCAAAUCUUGCAUUAAUUUACGAUCGCAGUCUUGACACGAUGCCUCUAGGAAUUGCAUAGCUUUUAGUCAGCUCUACUCAAAUAACUUUGUCUUGUUACUUGUCCUAUUACCAUGUCACAUAUUUGUUGUUGCCCUACCUCUUGGCCAUUAGAUGUCAUGCUUAGUCGCGAGUCUAGUGUCCUUAUAUCUGGGGUUCCAAAAUUGCUACAUCCACAUGCUACUUUUCUGUAUUUAAUUGCAAUUGUUAAACUUGACCUGUUAUUACCUGCACAA